AUGUCCCUUCUCACCCACCUGUUGGCGUGUCUGUUCGGGAUGGGCUCCUGGGUCUCCAUCAACGGUCUGUGGGUGGAGCUGCCCCUCAUUGUCCCUGAGAUCCCAGAGGGUUGGUACCUGCCCUCGUACCUCUCCGUCCUCAUCCAGAUGGCCAACGUGGGGCCACUGUUCGUCACCCUGAUGCAUCGCUUCCGGCCUGGUGCCCUGAAUGAAAUAGCUGUCAUAUAUGUGAUCAUCGGCCUUGGCACUGCGGCGAGCUUCCUGCUGGGCUUUUUCUGGAAGGAGACUGUAGUGGUGGCCGGUGUUCCUCGCAGCGUAGCCCUCCUUGUCUUAACUUUCUUCCUCGCUGCUGUUGACUGCACUUCCUCUGUCACCUUCCUCCCCUUCAUGAUGCGUCUCAAGACUAAGUAUCUGACCACGUACUACAUUGGGGAGGGUGUGAGCGGCCUGCUGCCUGCUCUAGUGGCUUUGAUUCAGGGUGUUGGGGUGGUCCACUGCAUAAACAGCACCCAGUCUCUGAGCCACACACUUAACUCCUCCAACAGUUCUGUGACCUUUGACCUCCGGGCUCAGUAUCAGCCAGCCAACUUCUCCGCUGAGGUGUUUUUCUUCUUCCUCAGCGCCAUGAUGCUGGUGUGCCUGGCGGCAUUCCUGCUGCUGAACUACCACCCGUCUGUGGCCAGGGAGCUUCCCAACGGUCGAUACACCAACGGGGUGAAGGAGAAGUCUCAGAGUAACAGGAGGUGGGCGGAGCAGAAGUCCAUGAUGGAUCCAUGCAGACCUGCCACUCAGAAGCGCAGAAGCAGCUUUGGCACCGGCUCUUACAGCUGGACGCAGGUGUUUUACAUCUUUGCGAUCCUGGCCUGGGUGAACGCUCUGACCAACGUGGUGCUUCCCUCGGUGCAGUCCUACUCAUGUCUGCCGUACGGGAACAACGCUUAUCACUUAUCAGCCACCAUGGCUGCUGUGGCAAACCCUCUCGCCUGCUUCAUCGCCAUGUUCGUCCCUAUAAGAUCUCUGCUGCUGAUGGGAGCACUCACAGUGAUAGGAAGUGCAGUUGGAGCUUUUAUAAUGAGCAUGGCAGUGCUGAGUCCCUGCCCACUGCUGGUUAAUGAAGCUUCAGGUAGUGUCAUCAUUGUGUUGGCCUGGAUCCUGUUUGUUCUCACUCUGUCCUAUGUGAAGGUGAUCAUUGGGGUGAUCCUGCGGGAUGAGGGUCACAGCGCCCUCGUGUGGUGUGGAGCUGUGGUGCAGCUGGGCUCUCUUCUGGGAGCUGUCACCAUGUUUCCACUGGUCAGUGUCUACAGCUACUUUUCAUCGGGGGAUCCGUGCAACACAAAAUGUCCCUAAAUGAAGAGGUCAUGAAGAAGAGACUGGAGGCAGAUAAAGCGACAGCUCAAGAUGUUUCACAU